GUUUUUCUACAUGAGUGGAGAAGGUAGAUGUUGCAAGUAGAAGAGAUACAACAUUUUUUUAGGAUGUCUGAAGAUGAAGAAAAAGUGAAAUUACACCGUCUUGAACCAGCUAUUCAGAAAUUUACUAAGAUAGUAAUCCCAACAGAUCUGGAGAGGUUAAGAAAUCACCAGAUAAAUAUUGAGAAGCAACUCUGCUCCAAUAUCCGAGAAAUGGAGAAGCUUUGUUUGAAAGUCCAAAAGGAUGACCUUGGACUUCUGAAGAGAAUGAUAGAUCCUGUUAAAGAAGACGCAUCAGCAGCAACAGAAUUUCUUCAGCUCCAUCUGGAAUCUGUAGAAGAACUUAAGAAACAAUUUAAUGAUGAAGAAACUUUAUUACAGCCUUCUUUGACCAGAUCCAUGACUGUUGGUGGAACAUUUCACACUACUGAAGAUGAAGCUGAUCCUCAGAGUAUGACUCAGAUAUAUGUGUUGCCUGAAAUUCCUCGAGAUCAAAAUGCUGCAGAAUCAUGGGAAACCUUAGAAGUGGACUUAAUUGAACUUAGCCAACUGGUCACUGAUUUCUCUCUCCUAGUGAAUUCUCAGCAGGAGAAGAUUGACAGCGUUGAAGACCAUGUCAACAGUGCUGCUGUGAAUGUUGAAGAGGGAACCAAAAACUUGGGGAAGGCUGCAAAAGACAAGCUGGCAGCUCUGCCUGUGGCAGGUGCACUCAUCGGAGGAGUGGUGGGGGGUCUGAUUGGCCUCCUUGCAGGCUUCAAAGUGGCAGGAAUUGCAGCUGCACUUGGUGGUGGGGUGUUGGGCUUCACAGGUGGAAAAUUGUUACAAAGAAAGAAACAGAAAAUGAUGGAGAAGCUCACUUCCAGCUGUCCAAAUCUUCCCAGCCAAACUGACAAAAAAAUGCAGUUAAAAACCAAACUUCAGUAUUACUGGCGCCAACAUGUCUAUCCUUUGCUGCUGUUGGACACUCAGUCAGCUUUUGGAACAUGA